ACAGAAACUACGGGAGGGUCUGAUCAGCGCAGAGUACGCUGGGAUCGGAGGAAAGCUUGGCGCGGGGCACACUGGGAUCAGGGCGGGCUGCGUUCUGGGGGCCCAGCGUAAGGGCUGUCGCUGGCUGGCUCGAUUUCUGAGGCGGCUGUUGAGUUGGAGGCGGCGGCGGCGGCGCCUUCGGCCCAGCGGGGAUGGCGGACGCGGCAGCCUCCCCGGUGGGGAAGCGACUCCUGCUGUUGCUGGUAGCGGGGCCGGGCGAAGGAGAGGCGUCGGGGCCGGAGCCUGGGCCUGCACUGCCUUCCCGGGCCUGGAGAAGCGGAACCGUGCGGGCCAUGAGCGGAGCUGUACCCCAGGACCUAGCGAUAUUUGUGGAAUUUGACCGGUGCAGUUGGAAACAGCAUGCCUGGGUAAAAGUUCAUGCAGAAGAAGUGAUAGUUUUGAUGCUGGAAGGGUCUCUGGUUUGGGUACCUCGAAAUGAACCAAUUCUCCUUCAGGGAACCAGAAUAUCAGUUGAACAUUGGCCUGCACUAACUUUCACUCCUUUAGUAGAUAAGCUGGGGUUAGGCUCUGUGGUUCCAGUAGAGUCUCUUGUAGAUCGAGACUUACGAUUCCUCUCAGAUGCCAGUGGAUUGCGUCUUUUCCAGAUGGCAACAGAAACGCAGAACCAGCUUCUUCAACAACAACCUCUAUUGAGGGAAUCUGUCAAUGCAUUGAUUGGUGAUCAGAAACUUCAGGAGAUAUUUAGCAGAGGUCCUUACACCAUCCAGGGUCAAAGAGUGAAAGUGUACCAGCCAGAGGAGGAGAACUGCUGGGUCUCUGCUGUUGUGAGCUGUCAAGAUCCUAUCACUCGUCUGAUGGAGGUGGUUUUGACUGAGACAGGUGAAAUCAAGUCAGUGGAUCCUCGGCUGAUUCAUGUAGUGAUGGACACUUCGCUUUUGAAUGAGGGAGGCUCUGUAAAGGGAGCUAAAUCAUCAAAAGGGAAGAAGAAGAGAGAGAAUACGGAAGGGAAAGAUGGACGAAGGAGAAGAAAUGCUUCUGAAGCUGGAUGUGACCAUGCUACAAAGAAACUGAAGGAGAGGGGUGAAAUGGAUAGUAAUGGAAAUGAUGGAGUUGAGGCAGCCAGGGGAGCUUGGAAAGGAAGCAUCAGCGGUGACAUGACUCUGGAUCCAAAAGCCAAGCAGCUUCCACCAUUUGUUCCUCAAAUUAAUCGUAAUGUUCGUUUUGCCACAUACACAAAGGAGAACGGUCGAACUCUUGUGGUGCAGGAUGAGCCAGUAAGUGGUGACACAACCAUGCCCUUCACUUCCUUUUCUUCAGCUACUGCCCAAGCACUACUGAGUGGAGCUGGAAGUCAAGAAGUGGUAAAAUCCUUAGAACAGGCCAGUCAAGGCCCAUCGGCUGUCCCUGCAGUGAUUACUACUGUGGGGCCAGCGUCAGCUACUGUGCGGACCUCUGACACUGUCUUGUCAGCAGUUACUGGACAAGAAAAACAGAAAAUGGGCCACUUGCAGGCCCCAGGAGAGAGUUCCCCAAAUUCUAUGUUGGCCUCUCCAGGUUUUGGAGUGGCACACUCCAGUGCUUCUCAUCCUUCAGUGUUUGACAGUGGUCGAAGCCAGUCCAAUGGAGUGAUAAGUUCAGAGAAAAAGCCUGUUGGAUUUUCAUUUGUCAGUAACACUGGUCAUGAGAUUCAGAAAGAUUCUGAUUUGUCAAAGAACUUGUUUUUUCAGUGUAUGUCCCAGAAUCUUCCCUCCAGCAACUACUUCACAGCUUUGUCAGAGAAUCUGACUGAAGAACCGUCAAGUGAGGACUCCUUAAAAAAAAAUUCAGAGAGCCUGAGUGUGGGCAUCUGCAAAGGUCUUGCAGGAGAAGCUAAAGUUGGGACUCAUUUGGGCAGUUCUGUGGACCAGAAGCUGCCAGUAGAGUCCAUGCCCACCCUUACUCCGGCUUUUCCACGAAAUCUUGUGAGUUCGCGACCUCCUGAAAAUCAUGAGAAUCUCUUUCUGCAACCCCCCAAACUGUCACGAGAGGAGCCCUCAAAUCCUUUUCUGGCAUUUACAGAAAAAUCGGAACCCAGUCCUUUCAGUAGCUUUGCAUCCUCAUCUCAGCCUGGAGUGUCUGUUAGUCCCUCUUCAGUUCUUGGUUCCAAGACAGUUUCUGGCUGGCCAGAUUUGCACACAUCAAGUGACUCUCUAGCUAAAAAGAAAAGUUUAUUCAUAACAACAGAUUCCUCCAAGAUGCUGUCUGGAGUACCUAGUUCAACUCUCUUCGCUGGUGCUCAGAGUUCGUCUACCCUGGGGAAUGGCCGUUCCAGCUCGCCUAUUGGCAGCCUGACACAACCUAUUGAAAUGCCCACACUCUCCUCCAGUCCAACAGAAGAAAAGCCAUCUGUUGGGCCUGGACAACAGGACAAUCCUCUUAUGAAAACUUUUUCUAAUGUGUUUGGCAGACAUCCGGCUGGCUUUUUCUCUUCACAGGCGGAACUACCAUUGGAGAACAAAGCCCCCUUUGAAACAGUGAAAAGAUUCUCUUUAGAUGAGCGAAGCAUGCCAUCUAAGCAGGAUUCUGAUUCUAGCACCAAUAGCGACCUCUCUGAUAUGAGUGAUUCUGAGGAGCAGCUGCACACCAAAGCUUGUCUCAAGGGAAUCCCAGAGCAUCUGAUUGGGAAACUUGGUUCCAAUGGCGAGCGGAAUGCUGAACUGUUAAUGGGCAAGGGAAAAGGGAAACAGACCCCCAAGGGCAGGCCUCGCACAGCCCCUCUGAAAGUUGGUCAGUCUGUACUCAAAGACAUGAGUAAGGUGAGGAAGCUGAAGCAGUCAGGGGAACCCUUCCUCCAGGAUGGCUCCUGCAUCAAUGUAGCCCCACAUCUUCACAAGUGCCGAGAAUGCCGCUUGGAACGCUACAGGAAAUUCAAGGAACAGGAACAGGAUGAUUCCACUGUAGCCUGUCGCUUCUUUCAUUUCCGCAGACUAAUAUUUACUCGGAAGGGUAUUUUAAGAGUGGAGGGAUUUUUGAACCCUCAGCAGAGUGAUUCUGAUGCUAUGAGCUUGUGGAUCCCAUCAUCAUCCCCAGCAGAGGGCAUUGAUUUGGAGACUUCCAAAUACAUCCUGGCCAAUGUUGGGGAUCAGUUCUGUCAACUUGUUAUGUCUGAAAAGGAGGCAAUGAUGAUGGUGGAACCACACCAAAAAGUGGCCUGGAAGAGAGCAGUACGGGGAGUUAGGGAGAUGUGUGAUGUAUGUGAAACAACGCUAUUCAAUAUUCAUUGGGUUUGUCGCAAAUGUGGCUUUGGGGUAUGUCUAGACUGUUACCGACUUCGAAAGAACCGUCCACGCAGUGAGACAGAGGAGAUGGGUGAUGAAGAGGUAUUUUCAUGGCUGAAAUGUGCAAAAGGACAGUCACAUGAACCAGAGAAUCUCAUGCCAACACAGAUCAUCCCAGGCACAGCACUAUAUAAUAUUGGGGACAUGGUUCAUGCAGCACGUGGCAAAUGGGGCAUUAAAGCAAAUUGUCCGUGUAUUAAUCGGCAGAACAAAUCUGUGCUGCGGCCUGCUGUCACCAAUGGAAUUUCACAGCAGCUGCCCAGUAUGAAUCCUGGUGUAUCAGCUUCUGGAAAUGAAAGCACUUUUUCCAGUGGCGCAGGGACAACAGAAAGUGUACAGCUGGACACUAAUAGUGUUCCUAAGCCAGAAACUACAGAGAGCAAAGUUGAGGAACCUAUAAAGACAGAGACCCCAGCCACCAGCAACACUGAGCCAAAACUGAACAAGCCAUUAUGUCCAGAAACAAGUCCUUCCUCAGCAUUGCACUGGCUUGCAGAUUUAGCAACGCAAAAGGCAAAAGAAGAAACAAAAGAAGCGGGUUCGCUGAGGUCGGUGCUCAAUAAAGAAUCUCAGUCACCUUCUUCCUUCAACUCCAGUGCUAAGGCCUCCCCUUUAACACCAAAGCUCUUUAACAGUCUUUUACUUGGCCCAGUUGCCUCAAGCAACAAGACAGAAGGUUCCAGUCUUCGUGAUUUGCUUAACUCUGGGCCUGGAAAGCUGCCCCAAGCUUCUCCUGAUACAGGGAUACCAUUUCCUCCUGUCUUUUCUGGAGCUUCCACAGGGGCAAAGAGCAAAGCCAGUUUGCCCAACUUCCUCGAUCAUAUAAUUGCCUCUGUGGUGGAAAAUAAGAAGAUGUCUGACACUACUAAGCGAACAAACAAUUUGGCUGACACACAAAAAGAAGUAAAAGAAAUGGUAAUGGGAUUAAAUGUGCUAGACCCCCACACUUCCCAUUCUUGGCUCUGUGACGGAAGGCUUCUGUGUCUUCAUGACCCCAGCAACAAAAACAACUGGAAGAUCUUCAGGGAGUGUUGGAAACAGGGCCAGCCUGUUCUAGUUUCUGGUGUUCAUAAGAAGCUGAAGCCUGAACUCUGGAAGCCAGAAGCAUUUAGCCAAGAGUUUGGAGACCAAGACGUAGAUCUGGUCAACUGCCGAAACUGUGCCAUAAUAUCAGACGUUAAAGUGCGUGACUUCUGGGAUGGCUUUGAAGUCAUUUCUAAACGCCUAAGAGCAGAUGAUGGGCAGCCCAUGGUACUAAAGUUAAAAGACUGGCCUCCAGGUGAAGAUUUUAGAGACAUGAUGCCUACAAGGUUUGAGGAUCUGAUGGAAAACCUUCCUCUCCCAGAGUACACAAAGCGGGAUGGAAGACUAAAUCUGGCAUCAAGAUUACCAAGCUACUUUGUGAGACCUGACCUGGGUCCCAAAAUGUACAACGCUUAUGGGUUAAUAACAGCAGAAGACAGAAGAGUUGGUACAACCAAUCUACAUUUGGAUGUAUCAGAUGCUGUUAAUGUUAUGGUUUAUGUUGGAAUCCCCAUUGGGGAAGGCGCUCAUGAUGAUGAGGUGCUAAAAACCAUUGAUGAGGGAGAUGCUGAUGAUGUUACAAAACAGCGAAUCCAUGGAGCUAAAGAGAAGCCAGGUGCGCUGUGGCACAUCUAUGCUGCUAAGGAUGCUGAGAAGAUCAGGGAACUUCUCCGGAAGGUUGGUGAAGAACAAGGACAAGAAAAUCCUCCAGAUCAUGACCCAAUCCAUGACCAAAGCUGGUACUUGGACCAGACCCUGCGUAAGCGUCUAUAUGAAGAGUACGGCGUGCAAGGCUGGGCAAUAGUGCAGUUUCUGGGAGAUGCAGUGUUUAUUCCUGCAGGGGCCCCUCACCAGGUUCAUAAUUUGUAUAGCUGCAUUAAAGUAGCAGAAGAUUUUGUAUCUCCUGAGCAUGUAAAGCACUGCUUCCGACUGACCCAGGAGUUCAGGCACCUGUCUAACACUCACACAAACCAUGAGGAUAAGCUACAGGUGAAGAACAUUAUCUACCAUGCAGUCAAAGAUGCUGUUGGCACACUGAAAGCUCAUGAAUCCAAACUGGCCAGGUCUUAGGAGUGGGAGAUUCCAUGCCCCCUUCUGGAGUCUUUUUAUUUUUCCUCACAGUGUAGAAGGGGAAGUGCUCAUGCCUGUCUCUGCAGGAGCCAGAGACCUCCUCCAAUUCAGAGAUUCUGGCAUUCAUUACACUCUCCAGCCACUGUCUUCUAUGCUGCCUCAAUACAGAACAUCUGAAGAAAGGUCACUGUAAUGUAGAAUUCCUGACUAAUGAAAGGUGCUGUGUCCCUUUCCUGUGGCCUUUUGCAAAUUGAAAUUGUACGGAAACCAUGUGGUGUUCGUGCAUAUUAUGAAUAGAAAGUGUGAACCUUUUUCAUGCCUAGUUAGUCUUUCCAAGAAGUUAGAAAGAAUGAUGUGAAGAUGGACAUUCUGUUGCAGAUUUAAGUAGCUAGCUCUGAAUCAGUGUGACCACCAGGAUGCCAGCUACAGAAAACAUGGACACAAGUCCUCCUGAAUUUGACAAAGGCCAAGAAAAAAAGGAAUGUACUUCAUGCUCCCUGUAAUACUUCUCUGUAUGCUGUAGAAAUGCAGAACUUGAGAGAAAGAAACCACUGUUUUUCCCAGAUGGCUCCAGGAUUAAAAAUUGUGUAUUUAGUGAAAAACUAGGUUUGUAGUGAAACAGUAUUUCAUGAAAGUAGAUAUUUUUAGAAUUUGAAAUAUCACAACUAUUCCUGGAUUAUAAAGAAAGGCACAUUGUUGUUUAGUCUUUCUCAAAUAAAAUAUUUCAGGAAACUAUUCUUAGAAGUAAAUCCAGAAUAGCACAAUUGGCCAGAGGAGAGCUCAAAGAUACUGAUUUCUGACACCAGUUUUCAUGAAGAUAGAAGUAAAGGGGCAAAAGAACUUUUAUGUUUUAGAGAUGUUGUACAUCUCUCCCUAAGCAGCUAAAUAAGGCAAUAGUUCACCAGUUGUCAGUUUUAGAUUGGGACUGCUACUUCCCAAAACUAAUUUUCAAUAUCGGCUUUGUCCAGAAAUAUUUUCAGUAAAAUGUUCCUGCUUGAUAGAGUUGUAUUCUGAAUUGUCACCAUUGAACUGAUGGAUUCCAUUGUUUUGACUGUUCAUUGGGACUAUAUCUACCUUCUAUCCAGCUGUACUGUAGUGCCACCUGCAGGCCUGUUAAUAUGUUCACGGUUAUUUCAUUUUUUAAAAAAUAAAAGUCAUUUACUGUAGAAUCUU